AUGCGAUGUUUUCUGCGUGAAGUGGGGCAAAGCUGGACCACGGCUGCAAAUUGGCACUAUGUCACCAGGACUUUCAAAGGUGGGAAAAAAUGCGGCUACAAAGUGAAGGAGUUGCAGCUGACAACUGGAGAACGCGGUUGUGCUGCAUCGCAUGUGAUGGUUUGGCAAAGAUGUUGCGCGUGGAGAAAACCAGUUUUGGUUUUAGAAGAUGAUGCACGGCCAACAGGAACUUUCGCAAAGACCCUGAGCAAAGCUCUCAAGGAAGUCAGGCGCAGUUCCCCUCACGUCCUUUGGCUGGGCUAUGUGCAAGCCGCACCAUGGCGUC